AUGACGAGAUACUAUUGUGAAUACUGUCAUUCGUAUUUGACCCAUGACACGUUGAGCGUUCGUAAAUCGCACUUGGUCGGUAAGAAUCACCUUCGUAUAACAGCUGACUAUUAUAGGAACAAAGCAAGAGACAUUAUUAAUAAACAUAAUCAUAAAAGACGCCACAUUGGAAAAAGAGGCAGGAAAGAAAGAGAAAACAGUAGUCAAAAUGAGACGCUAAAAGUUACAUGCCUUUCAAAUAAGGAGAAAAGACACAUCAUGCAUGUGAAGAAAAUGAACCAAAAAGAACUGGCACAAACCUCAAUAGAUACCUUGAAAUUGUUAUACGAUGGCUCACCAGGAUAUUCCAAAGUAUUUGUGGAUGCUAACAGGUUUGAUAUAGGAGAUUUGGUUAAAGCCAGCAAAUUACCCCAAAGAGCCAAUGAAAAAUCUGCACACCAUUCCUUCAAGCAAACUUCAAGAUCCAGAGAUGAGACGUGCGAGAGCAAUCCAUUUCCUAGGUUGAAUAACCCAAAGAAGCUAGAACCCCCAAAGAUAUUAUCACAAUGGAGUAACACCAUUCCAAAAACUUCUAUAUUUUACAGUGUAGAUAUACUGCAAACCACGAUCAAGGAGUCCAAGAAGCGGAUGCAUUCCGACGGCAUACGGAAACCGUCGAGUGCCAACGGAUAUAAAAGGAGGCGGUAUGGAAAUUAA